CUUAUUCAAUCAAUUAAUUUGUGUUUAAUCAACGUUCAACAAAUGACUGUUUAACAAGUAGGUAUAAUGAUUAAUUUCGUGGAUCGGUUGAAGUUAGACAUUAACACCGUUGGAUACCGACUUAGUGAUCUAGAGAUUAAGCGUCAGUGGGUGAUGCCGAUAUGUCCCGGGUUUGACUCCCGAUAAGCGGGAUCAUAGAUGCGCACCGCUGAAGAGUCCCACAAUAGAACGAAAUGGCUUCCAGGUUUUCCAUGGUGGUCUAGCUUCAAUUGACUCAUGAUCUCAACUAUUAGGUUAAAAAUCUGUUGAAGAUUUAUAAUAUGUCAAUUAUUUUAACCUAUAAUAGACUGUUGUAUUCAAUAAAUUCUACGGAUGGGAUAUACAUUGACAGUGAUAUUGAUAUAUAUAAUAAUAGAAAUUGAUGGAUUCCCUGUUGAAACUUCAGAAGAAUAUUCAAAAAAUUUACUCUUACGACAACUCUUAAACUUUCAACUACCAAAAGAUUCAAAUUUUCAUUCUAUCAGUAGUUUAUCACCAACUGCAUGGAAUCCAACAUGGUCUGCUUUAUUAUGGUCAACAUGGUCUGAAUGGGAAAGAUGUACACAAAAUAAACAUUGUACAAAUCACUAUAAUAAUAAUAAUAAUAAUAAUAAUAAUAAUAAUAAUAAUAAUAAUAAUAAAUCGGAAAUUAUUGAGAAUCUAUUAUUUCGAACACGAAUAUGUCAAUUCCAAUCAAUCAAUGAACAAUUGUUAUGGUCACAAGCAAUGAUUAAAGGUGUUAAUUUAUCUGAUGAUUUAUCUACUUGCUCAGAAGAAGGUUUGAUUCAAAUUGAUGUUAAACAUUGUCAAGAUUUGCUUCAAUGUAUCUACAAAACUUCAUCCAAAAAUCAUUCCUUCCAUUCGUUGUCAAAAUCAAAUGUUAAAAGCUUUUCUUCUAAAUGUGGAGAAAAUGGAUGUGAUUUUACGGAUACUACUGAAAAUAAAAUCAACCUGGAAGAUGAUCGGACCACGGAAAUUCAUUCAGAACGCAGUGAAAUUUGGGGACCAUGGACAGCAUUGCAACAGUGCUCAGCAAUUAUUCCUACAAUUGAUGAACUACCAGAAGAAUAUCCCUGGGAAUUAAUGCUCAAUUUAACUCGGGCACCAGCUGGUAGAAGAUGUGAACCAGGAUUACAACUCCAAAUCCGAAAGUUACUAAAUGAAUCUAAUUCCAUAAAAGAGUAUGAAAAUCCUCAAAAUGAACAGAAGUUACCACUAGAAUCAACAGCGAUAACAACAACAACAAUAAGUGAAACACGUAAAAUUCACUGUUGGAUAAAUGAAGCAUGUCAUACAUCCGACGUGAAAGUUGAACCACCAAGUACAUGCUUUUUUCAAGCUAUACAUCGUAGUCCAUCUGCACAAGUUAAAUGGCGUCGAACACCAUAUGGUCGUAUACCAUCUCAUUUUGAAGUACAUGUUUUAGAUCUUAUAAAUUCUGUUCAUUAUCGAAAAUCUGAACUUUAUGUCGAAGAAGUUAAAUUAAACAAAUUAGAUCCAUGGGGAGAAAAUUAUGUUGUAGAAAUAUUUGGUUUAAAAAUUGGUCAACCAUAUGAAAUUAGUAUUGCAUCUGCUGAUGAAAUGAGUAAUUUAUAUUUUUCAAAAUCUUGUGAGGCAGUAGUUAUUAUUGGAGCCGGUGAUGGUUCAUGGUCGAGAUGGUCAAAUUGGAGUAACUGUAAUUCAAAAUGUGCAUCGAAAUUGGGCACACGUAGUCGAUAUAGAAAAUGCAACUCACCGGCACCUAGAAAUGGUGGUCGUGUAUGCCCUGGUUCAGAACAAAUGAACUUUGAAUGCUUCGGAACUAAUAUUAAUUGCUAAAUAAAGAUUUAAUUUACUUUUUUCUAAUUCUAAAAAGAAUUGCUCAGUAUUUUUCUAACACACAAUCAAACAAUCGGGUUGAAUAUUAAACACCAUUAAAAUAAGAGUUAUAAUACGACAAGGUUUGAUAUAUAAAUCGAAAGUUUCGAGUGAGCUUUCUAUACUUUUUAUUUAAACACUUAAUUAGCUUCGGCUGAAUACAAGACUAUUUCCUUUUUAUGUUAUAGUUUCUUGUCAUUAAUGUGUAGUAGAAAUAGUGUAGUGAACGAGAAAUCAGGUUGGAAAACCAAGUUAUUGUUUAACGUUAUAUCGUACUGUGGCUUAAUGAAAUUUGAUCACACAUUAAUUGCAUCAUUUGUACAUCUUCUUUGCGCUCUCCCUUACGUACGCCAUUGUUCCUCUAAUUCUGUCUUUAUUUUGACUGCUGUCUGAUUUUCUUCCUGUCCUCCUCAUUUCGAUCUCUUACUGACAGCCAUCCCGUUUUCAGCUGUUGCUACACAUCGCUUAUAUUUAUCUGUAUAAGUAAC